AUGAGUGAUGAAGAAAUAGACUAUAUAGAAGAAGAAUUCGAAGAUGACUCAAUAUCAUUCUCAGUCUCCGCUUCUAAUAGAGAUUUACCUCCAGGCGUUGAGCUGAACUUGCCUCCAUCUCGAUACCAAACUGAAGUCAAAGCAAUUAGUGAACGAUCUUUUGAAGAAAGCCCAUCACAGCCAACUCAUGAAGAAAUCAAGAAGCAAGAAGACCGCUUGGCUAAAGCCCAAAAUGCACUGAAUAAAUUAAAGCAAGAAGAAGCUGCUAAAAAAUCUCAAAAAAAAGUUACAAAAAAGCCAAAUCCGCCUAAAAUUCCUGCAAAGAAGCAAACUGUUAAAAAAGCACAGCAAAAAGAAAAGAAAGCAGAAGCUUUUACUGGUUUUCAGCUAGAAAAACCGGUAAAAGGCACAGAAUCAGCAGCUCCUGGCGCUGCUCCAUCUACAAAUCUGAAUUUAAAUUCUCUUGAAAAGUCUCAAUCAUUAUCAAGCUCAAUUCAGCGAAAGCAAGACCAAAUAAAUCGAGAACAAGCCCAUAAGGAGUCCUUAAACGCAAUAAGACCACUUAUGAACGAAAAUAAAGCAAAGGCUCAAAAAGAAAUCGAAGACAUGAAGCAGCUUCAAAAAAAUCUUAUCAAGCGUGAAAGGGAGUACAAUAAACCUCCCCCAGCAGAAAAACGUGAAAAAAUCGCGCCACCACCACCUCCAGUUCCUCAGCCACGCAGCUUAGGUGAAAAGCGUUACAAGCUGCAUCAGCUAGCUGAAAAUGAUACUACAGGCGGCAAAGGAAAACUAUCAGCUGGCUCUCUAUCAGGCUCUAUGUUGCAAGCUUUAACUAUCCUUUCCUCAAUGAUCAGCGAAGAGUUUAUCAUAAAAGAAGUCCAAGAAGAGCUUAAAAACACAGAAAAAUCCCAAAAUAUUUUAGCAAGCGGAAAAGACUGCAUAAGAGGAGAAAUCGACUAUCAUGAAGAAACAAGAAAACUUUGCAAAAAAUACAUAGAGCUGCUACAACAGCAGCUUAAACUUAAUGACUUAAAAAAUGAAGAGCUUGCCAAACAGAAUGAGCUGAAAGAAAAAAUCAAAAUUUUAGAGCCUACAAAAGCUGUAGUUAAAGGCUCCGUUUUAAAUGACAGUAUAUUUUUGAUAGUGUGCAUUCCAUCAAAGUAUAUUUGAUAAAUAGUUCGAAGUUUUACCUUUUUUUUAGGUCAAAUGUCUCACUAUCAAAAAGUUUCAACUAUUUUCGACCAAAGUACACGAUUAUUGAACCUACACCUGUAGUUAAAGUAAACAAUGGAAAAUACGUGAGAGCUGGGAUGAUGCCACAAACAGGGAUUUAUGACACCAUUGAAAAAUUGGAAGACGUAAAUGCUGAUAUUUUAAAAGAAAAUCCUCUAGAUGUAGUGAUAGAAAAAAUCGAGAAACAAGGGGCAAGUGUCCAAGAUAUUUUUGAGCAGCUGGAUAGUGAUAAUGACAAAGUCCUUACUUUGGCAGAAAUAAGAGAUGGGCUGCCCAGAAUCCAAGUGAGAUUGACAGACCAAGAUAAGCAGCUGAUGAUCCAAGAGCUUGAUAAAAAUAGUGAUGGGGUGAUUUCUAACGAAGAAUUUAUCACCAUUUUAAACCCAAAACUGGCUGUACAAAAAGAAUACCGAGCCAUUGUAGGGAAUCUUGACAUAAAUAACCCUAUUGUAUUUGAAGAAGAAAUUUUGGAUAUGAGACUUAAAGGGAGAAUGCUCAAAAAAGAUAUCCCAAAUUUGGUAAAUAAAUUAAGCACAAAACUCCCUUCAGAAAAAAAAUUAAUUCAACAAAUAAAAGAUCUAGAAAAGCUGCUAAAUGACUUAAAUAUAAAAAGAACCCCAGACACGUCGAUUUCGACUCAGCUAGAAGAAAAAGUGAAAAAAUAUUCAGCGUUAAAAGAAGAAGUCUGGAACCAAGUAGAAAAUGACUUAGCCCAGCAGUCUAUGCAGGUUAAUGAGUUAAAACAGCAGCUUAUUGAUAAAAAUAUUGCGACUGCACAUUUAAAUUCAGAUGUGGAGACCAAACAGGCAGAAAUUGCAAAAAAAAGCAUAAAGAAAGAUAAGCUAGAGACGGUUGAGAAAAAAUUGGAUGUGGAAAAUAAGCUUAUUGCAAUUAUUAUUAUUCAAGCUGGGGUAAAAAGAUUUAUAAAUAGGAUUAGGUAUAGAAAAGAAAGGCUAAGAAGGGCUGCGGCUGCUAGAAUAAUUACAAGAAAUUUCAAAAAGUUCGUAGUUUAUAGAAAAAACAAGAAAAAUGAUGCAGCCAUCAAAAUCCAAAGCCUUUUUAAGAUGAACAAAGCUAUCAAACUGAAAAAUAAGUUAAAAAAAGAAGCCGAAGAAGCUCAAGAAGCUAUUUCUUCUGCAAGGAACCGAAGUAGUACCCAAAGAGAAGAAAAUUGGCAUAACUGUGAACAGUGUGGGAGACUUGCUGACAGGCUUUGCAAGCUCUGCAGAAUCCAUUUUUGUGCAAAUUGCUUUGCGGGCCAGCACCAGUUUGAAAGCCACUUGUUUUAUUUAUUGUCAAGCUGCUCAAUUGAACAAAAUACAAGCUUAUCAGCUUCUUACUUGUCUGUAGCCGAACUGGAUGCGAUUGUUGAUAUUAGGUAUCAUCUUGAUUACAGGAAUAUUGAUUUAUUUGACUUUUUGAGGCAGUGGGAUGAGGAAAACACUGGAGAAAUUGACUAUGAUAUUUUCAAAACAAUUUUAAAUGAUCGAGAGCUUGGGUUUGAUACGACGCAUAUAGCGAACUUGCUGCUGAUUUCGCAGAGAUUUGAAGAGCUGGAUCAAUGUGUAGACUAUGUUCACUUGUGCCAACUUUUUAGUUCCUAG